AUGGUGUCGCGAGGACUCAACCUCAUCCUCCGAGGGACGGAGUUCCUCUUCACCCUCAUCACCAUGUCCCUCAUCGGCAACGUCAUUGCCAUGGCCUUCGCCGGGAACCCGUCCCUCGUCAACUACGACAUGUUUGUGGCGGCUUUCUCCAUGCUGUCCCUGUUCUACCUGAUCCCGGCCGCCUGGAGCGACUCCUUCCAAGGCCAUGCUCUUCUCCCGCUUCUCCUUGACGCCUUGAACGUUCUCUUCCUCUUCUGCGCUGCCGUUGCUACGGCCGCCGAGCUGGGUGCCCACUCGUGCAGCAACGACUCAUACACUCUGCACAACCAUCUUACCAACGGCGCACACGAUCGCGAGGGCCGAUGCCGGGAGCUCCAAGCCUCGACCGCCUUCUUCUUCUUCAACUGGGCUGCCUGGUCGGCGUCUCUGUUCUUCUCCAUCGUCAGCUCUCGCGGCAGUGGUGUCAACCUCAGAGGCAUCCGUGGAAGAGGUGGGCCUGCCAUGUCUCAGGUGUAA